AUGUUCAAGGCUCCUGAGGAAUUUAAGGAAAUAAAAUUCCCCUUCUCCGGAUUCCUGCCAUACCACUGGGGUAAGCGCGUCAAUACUAGCCGUCCUCUGGAUACCUCUCAUCUCGGCUUAGCAUUCCAAUGUUUCGGCGGAGUCUACGAGGACUUCAAGCAAAAGGGCAGCGGCUCGCUGCAGAUUCAGUGGGUGAAGGCGUACAAAGACUAA